AUGGUUCAAGAGACGGGAGAGUCUUCUUUUCAAGGAGUAAGAUUUGAAACAUAACCUGUCAUGUUUUCUUAGAAAUUUGAGAGAUUCUAUGUUCCCUUUUAGGCUUUUAUGAUUUAAUUGGUAACUAAUUUCCAACCCUUUUUUAGUUAACUGGUCUGUUUUCAUAUACAUAGCUUGGUUUUUCGUAAACUAACAUGAAUAUGCUUUUUAUUCUGUAAAGCUUAGUCUCUCCUCACUACUGGAUGAUCAAGAUUAUAGAUAGAACAGGGACAACAGAGAUUACUGCCUGUGACAACUUUUGGAUUAGUUGGCACGCUCUUGCAGGCUAGCUUAAUAACCUGCCAAUAUGAAUAAAUUGUGUCGUUCUUCACUUAAUUGCAGUAAAAGCAAUUUCUUCUGCCAUUUCAGUAUCUGUCGUGUCUGUUCUAGUCAAUGGACUCCUGCUUGCAAAAAAAAACGAAGAAGAAGAAGAAAUCUUUAAUGCUAGUAGCAAUGAAGACUGCUUCUUUACUAUAUGGAACAAGGCAUAAUGACUUCAUUCACUACAUCCAAGGAGGUGUGAUUUGCACUUAGAAGCCUCAUUGAUUGUACCUCCUUUGAUAAUUUAAAUAUAAACUCUCAAGAGCUUUUUGUUUUUUUUUGACACAGCAGUGUAAUUUAACCUUCUGCUGCACCAAAUGGCAGUAAAGUUCCUUUCUUUCCUUCACAAAACCCUAACCCAAAACCCUAAAUCAAAAUCCCUCUACGUUUCUUACUUCCUAAACCACACUCUCUCUCAAGACCAAUAUGACCCGCCAUUUUCUCUCACCAAAAAACCCAAACCCAAAAACACCACCGAGCCGAAAGAAACGCCUGACCCGAAUAACGACCCGAAACUCCCUGUAAAAUCGGACCUUGCUUUUGACUUCAGAUACUCAUAUUCUGAGUCAAAUCCUGCAAUUGAGCCAAUUGGGUAUCGUGAACCGAAACGCUUUUCUCCAUUUGGACCCGGUCGCCUUGAUAGGAAAUGGACUGGCACUGCUGCUCCGACCCAGUUGGAGACGGACAUGGAUAAGUUAAUGGAGGAGAGGAAUCGGGUUCUUGGGGACCCACUUACGGAGGAGGAGGUGGCGGAGCUAGUGGAGCGGUAUCGCCAUAGUGAUUGCUCCAGGCAAAUCAAUUUGGGCAAGGGAGGGGUUACUCACAAUAUGUUGGAUGAUAUUCACAACCAUUGGAAGAGAGCUGAAGCUGUGAGGAUCAAGUGUUUGGGAGUACCAACUCUUGAUAUGGACAAUGUUUGUUUCCAUCUUGAGGAUAAAUCUGGUGGGAAGGUUGUCUAUAGGAACAUUAAUAUCCUUCUUUUGUAUCGGGGUCGAAAUUAUGAUCCUGAGAACCGGCCUGUUAUUCCCCUCAUGUUGUGGAAGCCUUAUGCGCCUAUAUAUCCGAAGCUUGUUAAGAAUGUAGCUGAUGGUUUGACGUUUGAAGAGACGAAAGAAAUGAGAAACAGAGGAUUGAAUUCUCUGCCCCUGAUGAAACUCACCAGGAAUGGUGUGUAUGUGAAUGUGGUUGACAGAGUGAGGGAUGCUUUUGAAACUGAGGAGGUUGUGAGACUGGACUGCAAACAUGUGGGUAUGAGUGACUGCAAAAAGAUUGGUGUGAAACUAAAGGAUUUGGUACCUUGUGUUCCUAUUUUAUUCAAGGACGAGCAGAUUAUUCUUUGGAGGGGCAAGAGAAAUCAGGAGCUGGAAUCAUCAACUGCCUGAGCGCAAACUUGGAAUCAUGUUUUUGGCAAGCCAGGAUUGCUGAUUGGAGUUUGCUUGUUCUCUAAACACACUCAGCUGGCUGAGACAACAUGGAUUGGCUUGGUUUACCUGAUCAAACCAACAACAUAUCAUCCUUCGUCUCUUGUUUGGUGUGACAGUUAGAAUGCCGAAAGGUCCAUCCAUUACCUCCUUUGCAUAAAGGACUCUAGCGUUGCCCAUUUGAUUAAAAUUGGCAGUCUGUUAGACUAAAAUUGAGGCCUGAUUUGUACAAUCUUAUCACUUUGCAAGAACUCAUGUAUUUUCUUGUUUGAGAUUGUAUUUAAAACUUACUCUUGGUCAAACCGCAAUAUCCUUCGUUGUUUCUA